CCGAGCCAAACGAGAAUAACCAAUCAAAAUAAAGACGUCAGCAAAAAUGGCGACAAGAAAGGUGUCCUGUUGCAACCUGAAAUCAGGAAAAUCGGAUUCUUCUUCUACAUAAAAUUCUUACUUCAUGUUUUUGCUUGAAAGAAUUUAGGAGAAUAUUAAACUAAAUUGAAGAAAAUACAGAAUCUUGAUCAACAUAUACUUUUACUAAAUCAUAUCUUUGGGAAAUAUUCAAGAAGUGUGUGUAUUUCAGUCUGUAAAAUAAGAACAGUCUGAAUUUUUUACAAGAUUGGUACAGUUAUCUGAGGAGACAUUUUUAGUCAACAUUGGUUCUAAAAAUAGGAUUUGACAAGAAUCUGAGAGGCAACUGAAUAUUAAACCAGAUUUACAUGAUUUGCUCAGUUGGUUGGAAAGAAGCAUUACAGCAGUAAGGAUUCUCAGCUUGAGUUCAAGCAACUUGAUGUUAACAAUAUAAUGAAGUCAAUGGUAACCAGACCAAAUACAAUGACUGGUGGGGGUACCAGUGUUGGAACCAGUUCAGCUGGAGAUGGUAGUGGCAGCACUGAGGACAAAGAUAAAAUAUCAGCUAAAGCACUAGGGUCAAAAUCUGGUCCUAAAGGAGACAAUGUGGCAGGAGAGAAAACAAUUGAGGCAAAAAAGAAAGGAAAAUUACAGAGACUGGAUGUUGGUCCACCGAAAAAAGUGAAUGAAAAAAAUGGACAUGAGAAGAUAAACAACCAGCAUGGACAGGAAGAUGUUUCCCUACCAGAUGUUGACAUUCCUUUACCACCACAGAAGUCAGAUGAGAGCAAAGACGGAAAACAAAAUUCAAAAGAAGGUGUUGCAGUAAAUAAUGACAAAGAUGAUGAGAGCAAAAGUGGAGUUGUUUCAUUUUCAUUCAAGAAAAUUGGAACUAAAUUAUUAAAUACUGCGUUUAAUACGGCUCAAGAGGAAGAUGACAAACAAGAAGCAGAAUCAGAUGUAAAAAUAGAAAAACCGAAGAAAAUUCUGAGUGCGUUCACAAGAGUGAAAAAUAAAGAUGGGACAAUGGAGUUAGAUUGGCCAUCAGAAAUGAUACAACACACCACAACACAGCCAUCUAUAACCUUUAGUUGUAACCCUCUUAUGUUUGACUUUACUGCAUUGUUUUCUAAGCAAAGUGUUAUGUCAGAGCGACUGAAAAUAUUAACAGAGGAAGAUAAAAAAGAGGAAAUGAAUGAUAAGUCGGUGAAUUCUGUUGAUGUCGAGGCAGUAGAAAUAUCUAAAAGUACAGAAGUAAAUGAUUCCCAGGAUAAAAUUGUAAAUGAUGUUGCUAGUUCUCAUUCUAAAAGCAAAACAAAAAAGAAAAAGAAAAGGAAACAUAAAAAACAUCAUAAGGAAAUAAAAGCUGACAAGACUGAGGAAAGUGAAAAGAAAAAGAAAAAGAAAAAACAUAAGCAUAAACAUGAUAAGGAUGAUAAGGAAGAAAAUAAGGAAAAUAAAGACAGUUCAUCAAAAAAGCGUACCUAUAGAAAAAGGACCGCUGAUGCUAUUGCAGAAUCUGGUAAUGAAUCUGAUGGUAAAAAAGCAAUUAAGCAUAAAAAGAGGAAGAAAUCUAAAAAGUCAAAGAAAAAGAUUAAACUGCCAGAGGAUAAAAUUGAAAAUAAAAAGAGUAGUGAGAAAACCCCAAAGAAAAGCAAAGCGAAAAAGUCCUCUAAUGUUUUAGAUCAUUUAAUUGAUGAAGUUGAUGGAACCGAUAUCAAGAUUAAGAAAGAAAACACCACUGAUGACAAAAACCCAGUGAAAAAACUGAAUAUGAAACCUACUACAGAAACUGAAAGUAAACAAAUUGUAAAAACUACAGUAAAUGAAACGAAAGUAACUCCUAGUGCUAUAAACUCUGUUAAAGUUGAAACAAAGGAGUCUGGAUCUUUAUCAUCAAGAAAAAGACAAACCAGUGAAUCUAGUCAUAGUGAAGCUACUCCUAGCUCUUCAAAGAAACAAAAACUUACCCCAAGUCUUUCAAAAGAAUCAGAGAAAUCCGCAACAGCGAAACAGGAAGACACGUGGAGUAAACUUGAACAUAUUUAUGAACCGAAAAUGGAGGAAAACCCCAAAUCUAAAUGGGAUACUAGUGACAGUGAUAGUGAAAAUAAAAUGGAUGCAACAACAAAACAGAAAAAGUUAACAAAAAAGGCAACAGAUACUACUGUGAAGAAAGAAAAAACAGAAAAGACUUCACCUACCGCAAAAACUGUGGUCAAAACAGAGACUAGUUUAGAAGUUAAGAAAAAAUCCAAAAGUAAAAAAUAUAACUCAAGUGAAAGAAGUUGGACACGAUCACGUUCAAGAUCUCGCCGAUCACGUCGUAGUUCAUACUCUCACAGUUCAAGUCGCUCACGUAGUCGUUCAUAUAGUACUUCAUCAUAUGACUCUCGUUCAAGAUCUAGUUCAUAUAGUAGGUCACGUUCUAGGUCAAGAAGAUACCGUUCAAGCUCAUACAGUAGUUACUCUUCGGGUUAUAGUCGUUCAAGAUCUCGCUCUUCAAGAAGCUAUUAUUCAAGAUCAAGAUCCCGGUACAGUUCUUACUCACGUAGUAGAAGUAGGUCAUCAAGAUAUUCUACGUCAAGGAGUAGAUCAAGGUCAUAUUCAAGGUCUCCUUCAAGACAUAGUAAACGUAGUAAACGUUCUUUAUCGCAUUCCUCUCAUUCUAGUCAUGCUAGUCAAGGAAGUUCCAAAGUUAUGAAUAGAAAACAAAGAAGAAAGAAAACAUUGAAACAAAAACGGGAGGAGAUGAAAAAUAUAGAUCCCCUUAGUAUUCCCCUGCCAGAUCUAGGCGCUGAUGACAAAUCAACAACAGAAAGUAGUGAAAUUAAAACUGAGGAGAAACAAGAGAAUCCUGAUCCCAUGAGUAUUCCACUACCUCUUAUACCUACAAAAGAUAUAAAGGUAGAGAAAGCUGACAAUGUCAGUCUUAUAGCACCCCCUCCUCCUCCGCCAGGAGAUCAAACAGUUCAGAAUAUUCCACCACCAGUCAUGCAGAACUUUAUGGCACCUCCACCACCUCCGGGUAUGAUGGGACCAAACCAUCAUCACAGCAUGUAUCCUGGUAUGCCAUAUGAUCCUCGAAUGAGAAUGCCAAUGCCGCAUUACCCAAACAUGCCCCCACCACAUUACGGUGGACACUAUCAUGGUCAUCCACCAUAUUCACAGGAUAUUGCCAAAUCAAGGUCACCACCACCACUUCCACCUCCGAGGUCACCAUCACCUCAACGUCCACCUCCACCAACAGAGGAGGAAGAGAAAAAGGAAGUUGAAGCAAUGUCCAUGGAUAUUCCAGCUGAUCAAGCUGAAAGAUUUCAGAAAUUACAAAAACAAGCUCAGAAGCAUGCUAUGAGAUCCUUGAAAAGACAAAUGAGACAGUUAAAGGGAGAGAAUCCAAGUGAUUCUUCUUCAUCUUCAGAGGAGGAAGAAGAAAAACCUGCAAGUCUGCAAGGUGAAGAAUUAGAUGAAGAUGUUCAAUUAAUGCCUAUCAUGUCACCCGCUCUUAGCAUGGGACAGCCAACUUAUAUAUUGGCUCAACCUAAUCAGACAAGUAGUCCUCUCACUCAUCAAAUUGUAGUAGGGAGUGAUGGAAGACAAUUUAUUAUACCAUCUGUAUCAGCCAAUAACUUUGCAGGUGUACCUAUACAAGCAGGUGCACCUAUGUUUGCCAUGCCUGGGGCCCAUCAUUCAGCCCAUCCAUCAAUGCUAACAUUGACGCCUGGUGCAGGAGCCACACCUGCUCAUCUUACGGGUGCUGUUCAGUCCCCAUUCUUGUCAGGAGGAAUACCUCUUGGAGCCUCAUCAUUUUUACCUGGACAUCAUCCGUUAUUUCAUUCACAGUUGGCUCAUCAACAGCUAGCUCAUUCACAAUUAGCUCAUUCACAGUUGGGAGGUUUACAUCAGUUAAUGCAGCCAUCCAUGUCAUCGGCCUUUGGAGGACAUGGACCUAUUGUCGUAGGCAAUCAAAUACUUAUACCUCGUUUAAUUAGGCCCACAUUAUAAAACUUAAUGAUAUGUGAUAGACUUGUGACGAAAUUGUGAAUAUAUUUAAAAUGGUGAUAUCAGACUUCAAAGUUUUCACAUAAAUUUGAAAACUGUAAUAAAAAAAAUUAAUGGUGUUGCAUAUGUUCAUUUUGAGAAUAUUAUAUUUCAAUUCUUUAAGUUCUGUAACAAAGUUGGAAAAGAAUAAAGCUUAUUUGUUCCAUGUUAGACAUAGGAAAUUAAUUGGUCUUUUACUUGGUAAUUUGAAUUUUGCUUUAUUACUUUUAUAACCAUUUAUCUUUUAAUGGGUUUUGCAUUAAGCAAAUUUGAGCUUCUAGGUGUUUUGUUUAAUUUUGUUUCCCAUCAUUGUAAGUGCUAUAAUUAUAAGAAAUUAUUUGUUUUUUUGUAUUUAGAUUGUAAAAUUUUUAUGAAUUUUAAAUAAUUGGGUGGAAAAAAGCCAAAAUCAUUUGAUAUGAAUUUUAAGUAUUGUCCAAUGAAAAUUUAAAAUGUGUGAAAUGUUUGUCUACAAAUUUGUAGAAAUGUUAUUUCUUUCCUUUGAAUGCAUUCAUUUUUAAUGUCCAAGAAUUCUUCUAUUAUUUGAAUUUUUGUUUUUAAUUUAAGGAGCAUGUAGCGUUAAUAUUUAAGAAAUGGGAAAAUAGAUUGGUGGAUGUUGUUUAAAAAACACUUGACUUGUUUUGUAAUAUUUUUGUUGGUAAAUUAUUUAAAAUGUUGAUUGUUGUAUUUGUACAAAUUCAUCUAUGCAAAUGUUGUCUUUAUUGAUGCAGUUGAAAGAAUGUUCAAAUAGUCUAAAAUUCGGGGUUUAAUGCCAUGUAAAUUUAAAAAAUUUAAAAACCAAAAAAAAUAACUUUCACAGGAAAUUAUUUUCAAAAAGUAUUAAUUUUCAUGAUUAUUGAGAGUAAACUCUGAUACAUAUCAUGCAUAUAUAUUGAUCAAUAUAUUCCAUUUUUCCCUUCAGACAUGUCAGAUUAUUGAAUUUCAUAUGAUUAGAAUCCAUGUUUUUAAUUGGCCUGUUUAUAAAUCAGUUCACUGUUCUAAUGACAGAAUAUAUACUGGUAACCAUUCCAGUAAAUUUUGUUGGCAAUAAGUACAUUUUUUUGCAUUCGAACCUUUGCAGAUUGUUCAAAGAAGUUCAAGUCUUUGUCAGCACGACUCAUGACAUGAUUCAUAGACUAAACAAUAUGGGUUAAUAUAGUAAGACUCUUCAUUUGAUUCCUAUAGAAAAUCUGCUUAAGUUAAAGUGAUAAAACAGCAUGGUUCAGCUAUUAAUGAUUCGUGUGAUUGUGGUAUGAAUAAUGUAUUUUAAUUUGUUAAUAAUUAUAAUUUGUUUGUUGACCUGUAAGGAAUGUGAAGACUGUUCUCCUAGUAUGGAGUAUAAAGGAGUAAAAUAAACAUAAAUAUGAUA